UUUUAUAAAAGAAAUGCAUUUCUUGUGAUGUGAAAAAGGAAAAGUGCAGUGUUUGAACUUUGAAGGGUUGUCUCCACCAAAACACAGAGAGAACACAACACAACACAACACAACACAACACAUAGAAGAAGCAACACUUCCCUCACUCAUUCAUUCACCUAUUAGGGUUUCCCAAUUCCCAAUUCCAAUGGCGGAGGUCAUCAACGCUCCCCCGGAUUCACUCGACAAAUCCCCACCACCAUCCCCAUCCUCCGCCUCAGCUCCCCCACCUCCUCCUCCUCCUCCGCCGUCGCUACCUCCUCCCUCCGAUUCCGAUCUCCCUCCACCACCUGCCCGCAGGAGGGACAGGCGGGACGACCGGGAUUUCGAUCGUCCACCUAACCGCCGCGAUUACUACGACCGCAGCAACAACUCCCCCCCCGCCCAAAGACCGGGACAGGGACUUCAAGUACCUCCUUCCCAACGCGACCGCGACCGCCGUCACUCCCCUCCUCCCCCCUACAAGCGUUCCAGGAGAGGUAGUCCCCGCGGUGGUUACCGUUACGGUCCCGAUGACAGCGGAUUUGGAUAUGAUAAUUCUGGCGGUUAUGAACGGGGAGUGGGUGGAAGGGUUGGUUAUGUCGAUGACAAGUCUUCUGGCCGAUUUGGACAUCGUUCUGCUGGGGGACAUCAAAAUGGGAUUUCUGAUGUGGAAUCCAAUCGUGGUUAUGCAGACUUGCCAAGUGGCAGUGCACAAAGAGAAGGGUUGAUGUCCUAUAAGCAAUUCAUUCAGCAGCUUGAGGAUGAUAUACUGCCUGCUGAAGCAGAACGUAUCAAGAAUACAAGACGGAGUACAUUUCCACCCAAAAAAGAACCUAUUUUAAUUCUCAUAAGGAUGAAGAGUGGUUGAAAGAUAAAUAUCAUCCAACAAAUUUGCUUACAGUCAUUGAAAGAUGUCGACGCCUUACCUAGCCAUGAUGGACCUUCCAGUACCGACUAUCGUUGGUGAGUUCGUGAGUCCCGAUGGAUGGAGUGUAACAGUGACCGCUAGUGGGAUUCAGCUGUGAGGAGAUGGACCGGGAGUAGGACUGACAAAACCAUGACCAACCCUCUGCUAGAUGACCCUACACCUUAGAAGACUUUCUCCUCAGACCUUGGUUCUAACCUUUAUGUAUAAUAUGAAGUGAAGAUGUUAUCACUUGCUACUAUGGGUGGUUCCCUGUAUUAUAGCCCAAACCUUAUGAUGUAUAAUACUGAAUAAAUAAGCAAGUGAUGUAAUAUAAGUGUAUGUUUCUCAAACCAUGGCACUAUUCCUACUUAC